AUGGAGGAUCCAAAUGAUUCAUUUCCAGAGGAAGUUGCUGCAGUUAAAGAAGACCUGAAGAACAACGACAGUGCUGCAGCAGCUGCAAAGAUUCAAGAAUAUUUAGACAAGCAAAAUGAUGUUCUACUAAAUAUCGCCAUCACAGGCGCGUCUGGAGCUGGUAAAUCCACCUUUAUUAAUGCCCUCAGAGAGCUGUCCGAUGAUGAUGAGAGAGCUGCUCCUACUGGUGUUACAGAAACCACCAUGGUGGUUGAAGAAUACCCCCAUCCAAACUACCCCAAUGUUAGAUUCUUGGAUCUCCCUGGAGUUGGUACCCCAAAUUUUCCAUCUGACACGUACCUGGAACGUGUUGGAUUUGAGAAGUUUGACUUCUUUAUCAUCAUCUCAGCCAGUCGCUUCACAGAAAAUGACAUGAACCUUGCAAAGGAGAUUCAGAAGAUAAAGAAAAAGUUCUACUUUGUUCGCUCAAGGAUUGACAACGAUAUAAAUGCUGAGAAAAGAAAGAAAGACUUCAGUGAAGAAAAGACUCUUGAAAAAAUCAGACAAGACUGUAUUGGAGGUCUUCAGGAACAAGGCAUCAAGUCUCCACAGGUCUUCCUGGUGUCCAGCUUUAAGCUCCGCCGGUACGAUUUCUCUCUCUUACAUGACACCUUAGAGAGAGAACUUCCUGCACACAAGAGAGAUGCUCUGCUGUUUGCCCUGCCCAACAUCAACCUGGAGAUCAUCAGCAAGAAGAAAGAAGCUUUUCAGUCUAAAAUAAAAUACUGGGCUACUCUGUCUGCAGCUGCAGCAGGGGUUCCAGUUCCUGGGUAUUCCAUUUGUAUGGACCUGUCCAUGAUGGUUAAUGUAGCCAUGCGUUAUGUAGUUGGAUUUGGGCUUAAUAAACCAUCACUAGAGCGACUCUCUGCCAGCUCGGGUGUGCCCUACACUGAGCUGCUUAAUGUCCUUAAAUCACCACUGGCUACAGCAAAAAUAACCCAAGAUCUCCUCCUGAAGCUGUUGUCCCAAACGGCCAGCACAGUUGCACUCAUGGCACUAGAGGAAGGAUCCAGGUGGAUUCCAUUAAUAGGAAUCCCUCUGGCUGUGGGCCUCUCCUUCACCACAACCUGCAGCGCUCUGAAUUAUUUCCUCAAUGAGCUCGCUGAUGAUGCUCAGAGGGUGUUUAAAAAGGCUCUGGGUCUGAACACCUCAGUGUGA